GCCCCCCAUAAGUGUUGUAAUAGUAGCGGGAAAUUGGUUAUUUUUGCUCUGUGCUUACGGUAUUUGGAUAUGAAUAUGAGACAAAAGUACAGUCAGCUUUUAAUAUCAUGGUAUGUGUGUUACCAUUUCACAGAAACUGCUGUCUUUGUGUUGAGUCCCCCUAUUUUCAGCUGUGUAAAAGUUUAAAAAAAAUUAAAAUUAAAAAGCAGAAGUUCUAUCCUCCACACUUUCAGCUUUCCAUUGCUUUGGUUUUUAUUUUUUUUAUUUUUUUGUCUCAUUUGUUCAUAAAACUGUUUCAAAACUCUUCUGGCUUGUCUCUGUACUUUUUGGCUAAUUCUAAUCUGGGCUUUUGAUUCUUGACGUUGAUGUGAGGUUUUGCAUUUUUUUGCUGUUUAGCCUCUAUAAUUCUGCUCUCAGAGUCUUCUGCAUUUGGCGGAUUGCUAUAUUUUGACCCCUGCCCUCUGGAGACCGCUGGUGACAUCACUGACUGUAGUUUUAGGGUUCUCCUUCACAGCUCUUCACAGGAUUUGUCUGUCAUCAACUGCAGUCCAACUCAUACAGGUACUUAGAGUUGUCUGUAGCCUACACAACUCACAUACAAGUUUGGAUAGUUUAUUUUCUGUUUGGCACUGUGAGUGCCUGUGGGUUUUCUGGCUUCUGUUGUUGGUGGCUUUUUUGUCAGUAGACAGGAAAUGUAAGAGUGACCUUCUGCAGAUAUAUAUUUAAAUUUAGUUGAUUUUAGUUACAGAAAAGCGGAAGGUAAAGCAGUGAUGAAGUAGAAGUGUGUGAGCUUCUGAGAGAAUUUUUUCGCAACUUGCUGUCCACACAAGCAGAUAAGAAAAGAAUGCAUUAGAGGUGCUGUACAGAAUGUAUAAUAGCCCAGGGUUUUUUUUUUUGCUGUUUUGAUCACUGAAGUUGAAGCACUAAACUUCCUCUUGAAUCAUGCCAGCAAACAGAGGGGUCACAUUGAUCUUGCUGAGUCUAAUGACAAGACUGGGGAGCUCAAAGGCUGUACUGACUCUGCAGCCUAACUGGCCCCUGUUCUACACUGGAGAGACCGUCACUCUCUCGUGUUCGGGACGGCCGUUCAAACAUCAUGGAUUCUUUUGGUACAGAAAUGAAUCAAAUAGUUGGGCGCAAAAGCACACAUCCCAAGAAAACAUCUACACCAUCGCACCUGUUACUGAAGCCCACAGUGGUGUAUAUAAGUGUUCUGGUGAAUCCGAAAGUGAUCCUGUCAGACUGAACGUGUCAGCACUGCCUAAAGCCACUCUGACGGUACAGCCAAAAUGGCGCCCACUGUACAAUGGAGAGACCGUCACCCUGAGUUGUGAGGUGGACUCCGACAGCAACUGGAUAUAUUCCUGGUACAAAGACCAGGCCCAGAUGGCUGUGUCUCAGACUGCUGGUCACAGUGUAACUGGUAACAGACUCACCAUCCCUGGUGCUGCUGGGUCUGACCAGGGGCAGUACUGGUGUGAGGGGAGGCUGGAGGGGAGAAAAGUGACAUCACAGCGCAGCGACUCCAUCACUCUGACUGUAGCCCUGCCUAAGGCCACUCUGAUCGUGAAGCCAAAAUGGCGCCCACUGUACAAUGGAGAGACCGUCACCCUGAGGUGUGAGGUGGACUCCUACAGCAACUGGACACAUUUCUGGUACAGAGACCAUAACCAGACAGCCACAUCUCUCUCUAAAGAGUACAGUGUAAACAUCACUGGUGCUGCUGGGUCUGACCAGGGGCAGUACUGGUGUGAGGGGAGGCUGGAGGGGAGAAAUGUGACAUCACAACCCAGCGACUUUAUCACUCUGACUGUUGCAGGAGUCUCAGGUAGACUGGUCUUCGGUCUGGGAGCUGCUCCUCUGCUGCUGGCCUCCAUUAUACUGUGUGUGAAAUGGUGCAGGAAACCAGGGUCGUCUAAUGAAGCAGCUGUCAAAUACACCGAAGAGAAUGUGGAAGUUGACUUUUAAAACCUUCACACAGAAGCUGGAUCAGUGUGCUCAUGUGGAAUGAAGAACGUUUGAGAGCUCAGGAUUAUUUUUCAAUGUGAUGUUUCUCAGCUUGCAGGAGGGGAAAUCCUGAUUGGGGCUGCAGUCAUGGGGACACUCAGUGAGUUUUGGGAAUGAAGCAGUUGUGCCUUUUUUGGGGGUUUUUUUCAGAUUUAUUUGGAUAGGAUAGUGUAGAGAGACAGGAAUAAUUAGGAGGAGAGAGAGGUGCGACAAAGGUCUGCGGUCGGAUUCGAACCGCCGAUGUCGCGGCUCGCGUUGAGCUUGUGGAUAGCGCUGUACGGACUGCGCCCACAGUCGUGCCUUUAGAGUGCAGGAUCUGAAUAAUAUAUCUGAGGUUCUGAUUCACCAGAGCUGCACUUGUGGUCUUUGUCUAAGUUAGUCAGCUUUGAUUGCUGUAUGUUUGUUUCAGGGUCCUUUGGGUCCUAUGCUGAACUUUAUAUAUUAUGUACUCACCGCAAGCUUACAUACAGCCUAAACAGCGGAGACUCUGCAACAUGUUCAACGUGCAUUUCAUGUGUCUGCUUGUAUUAGUAUUAAAUUAAAUGGACUUUAAAGUGUGUUCUUUUUUGUUCCUUCUUUAUUUUGUUAACAUAUGAAAUAAAUGAAAAAAAUAAACGUAUGUGUAAUGUAACAUCCUCAAUAGGUCAGUUAUAGCACCUUCCACUGUGGUGAACAACACAAUCUAAUCCAAGUGUGAGAAGGAGAACCCGAACAGGAAUGGUGAGCUGAAUGUGGACAGAGAAGCUGAGGGCUCGAUUGUUUUUAUUAUAUUAUUUUUAUAUAAUUACUGUUAAUACUACUACUGUAAUAACAAUGUUACCAGUCAUAACUUUAUUGUCUUCGUUCUUUGUGGUGAUGAAUUGUGACAAAUAAAUAUUAAUAAAUAAGUAGGCUAAAGCUGGCAUUUGUCUCUCUUGUUGCUAUAUUAUGCUGAUUCCACCAUAUUAUUUUGACUACAUUGUCAUUUUGAUAUUGCUUGUAAUAGCGUAUCGUCAUUAAAAAUGUUAUUAGUUGCGA